AGAGACAAAAGGUACCACCCAAACGAGAGGUCCAAACUGAAUUACCUGUCACUUUUUUGAACAAGUACAAAACAACAGUAGCGACUACUAUACCCAUCACUUCACUUCCCAACAACACCUCUAGUUUUGUUCUUGAUCCCACCGGAGAAAUCAUGGCCGGAGUUCUCAACAUCCCUCAAUCUUCUUUUUUCUGUUCGAUUCCCAGCAAGCGGAAAAUACCCAGAAGGCCAAUUUCCAUUAUUAGAGCCACCUCAGAGACACCUCUUUCUUCUACUUCAAACACCACCACCACCACCACCAAUGAAGACCAAAAGCUGGAGGCUUCUUUUACUGCCCCUCCCAAUUUCAAGCCACCGGCUCCCAAGCCGUUCACAGUGAAGGAAGGCAAGACUUUGGAUAUUCUUGGUGCUUCUCUUGCCUUGCUUUUCCGGUUGGGCACUGGUGUUUUCGUUUCAGGGUAUUCUGUAUCUUUUGUUUCCAAGAAUGAGAUUCCACCAGACCAAUAUGCUCUAGAAGUAGCUGGUUACAAAGUGAAAGAGACCUCAAAAAUAGGCCCUCGCCCUGAGAAGCCUAUUGAGAUAUACGAGUUCGAAAGCUGUCCAUUUUGUCGUAAGGUUAGAGAAAUUGUUGCAAUUUUGGAUAUUGAUGUUCUGUUCUAUCCUUGCCCAAAAAAUGGUCCCACUUUCCGUCCCAAGGUUGUUCAGAUGGGUGGAAAACAGCAAUUCCCUUACAUGGUGGAUCCAAAUACUGGAACUGCAAUGUAUGAAUCAGAUGAUAUAAUUAAGUAUCUAGUUGGAAAAUAUGGUGAUGGAAAUGUUCCUUUUAUGUUGUCACUUGGCCUUUUAACGACCUUGACGGCAGGGUUUGCCAUGAUUGGCCGUAUGGGAAAGGGAUCAUCAUAUUCUCCAUCAAAAUUGCCACCUAAACCACUUGAAAUAUGGUCAUAUGAGGGUUCCCCAUUCUGCAAAAUUGUUCGUGAAGCACUUGUUGAGUUAGAGUUACCGCAUAUUCAGCACAGUUGUGCUCGUGGCAGUUCAAAACGGCAGGCGUUAUAUCAGAAAGCUGGACACUUUCAGGUACCAUAUUUGGAAGAUCCAAAUACUGGGGUGCAGAUGUUUGAAAGUGCUGACAUUGUGGACUAUCUAAAAGCAACUUAUGCUCAAUAAGCGAAGCUAGCAACAAGCUUUCUCCUAUCUCUCUCUCUCUCUCUCUCUCUCUCUCUCUCUCCCUGCGCCGCUUUCUCUCGUUGGAACUGUAACCAAAAUAUUUCCACAGACAUUCCAAGUAUCAAUCCUUUUUCUUCUAAUCAAAUGGAGCGGCAUUUUAUUGCUUCCUAGACAAAGCCUGUUAGAUUUCAUGAUGUAAUGAUUUUAGUAUUUGUUUUUUAGAUGUACAUAUAGGACUUCCAAUUCAUGCUUAGACAUGAUGUUGCCUUGAUGGAUCUGAAGUUCAAAGUUUGGUGCAGUUUCUUUUA